AGUCACUUCAGAGAGCUGAGCAAACUUCUGUUACACACAGUUACAAUGAAAGUGUUUGAGGCUUCCUUUGUGAAAUACUGAAAACUACAGAGGGACACAAAAUCAUAAAGGGGCAGUGAAACUAUGGAAAUACCAGCAAUAAAUCUCAAGGCCAUCGUGUUGGCUCACUGGUUACUGACAAUCUGGGCAUGUUCGAUCACCUGGCUUCCUACUUCUUACGUGUUGGGGAACGUGAGUGCCCUUGCAGUGGGAGUGUGGGCCAUUGCACAGAGAGACUCCAUAGAUGCUGUAUUAAUGUUCUUGAUUGGGUUGGCAGUGACCAUCCUGACUGACAUUGUUCAUUUUGGGCUGUACUAUGCGGAGGUUAGAAGCCAUUAUGAGAGAAACCUGGGCUUGUUCCGCUUUUGUGGGGGCAUGGCCAUCCUGAGCCUGCUGCUCAAACCUGUUUCCUGCAUCUUUGUCUACCAGAUGUACCGUGAGCGGGGUGGCGAAUACAACGUCAACUUCGGUUUUCCAAGGAUAACUCGAAACAGAGAUGCCUACCAGUCCAUUGACCACCAGGACCAGUCUGGCAGCUCUGCCAGCUCCUACAACCAAGCAGAAGGUGGCAAACCUGGGCCAAGUUCCUACUAAACAAAGACCAAACCCAAGAUAUAACCAACCAGCUUUCUUUGCUACCAAGGCCAUAAUGCAUAAGGAAUUUUUGUUUGGUUUAUGGAACUAUUUUGUUUUAGAAUAUUAUUUUUUGUAUUUCAUGAAUACAUAGUACAAGCUUCAAAAACAAUGAACGAGAUUUUUUGAGCAAACUAUUCAAACAGCUUUACAUUUGGUUGUUUUUCAGCCUGAGGUUUGUGAAGCUCAUAAUGUGCAGUUUCAUAUUAGUAAGGUCUCCUGAAGCUGUAUUUUGGGGUGUUAUGCUGCCAAGUGUCCAUCUGUUGCUGUUGGUGAAUUACUACUUAUUUUCCAAGACAGUUUGUUAUACUCAGCAUACUGUAGUUUUUUUAAUUAACUUACUUGAUUUAUUUUUUGUUUGCAGUGGAACUCCAACAUUUGUUUAUUUUGUAAAUCUUUUAAGGAUUCAAAAGAUUCUUGUAAAACCAUAUGCCAUGCAAUCUGCUCUAUAUUUAUGUAGUUCAAUUCAUAAGAUUGGUCAUGACUUAUUUAUUUGCUAAGCUGCUAAAUGUGGACAUCUGAGAAUUGGGAUUUCCUCAUUUUGAGACCUAUAAAUGAAAAGUGAUCAAUUUGAUUUAGGAAUGACAGAAAUGCAUUUAGAUACAAACAAUUAUGUUAACAAGUGUUAAGCAAACAUUAAAACAUGGAGAUUAUGUAUUUUGAAGAAAAUUCUGAUACCAGUAUCAUGAUAUUUGUAACAGAAUUAAUUCACAUCAAUGUUGUGUUCCAUGUUCGAAAGAAAGUCAUAUGAAAUGACAAAAGCAUUUUGUUUUUGGGUGAGCUAUUCCUUAACACAACAGUGAGUGUAAUUUUAACAGCUUCAGAAGACAAUAUAAGGUUUUACAAGUAUGUACUUUUUUGCAGUAUGUUUACAUGAAUAGACUGCAUGACUAGAUGGUCAUAGUUCAUGCGCAAAUAAGCAGUUUAGUACAUGCCAAGCUACAGUUUGAAUCUGCUUAAAUCCUAUACUGUAGCUUGAGUUGGUAUGAAAUCAAGUAGUUUUCUGUACUUCUUUACAUCAGUUCAAUGCUAUUGUUGUCUCUUGUGUGUCAGUUUGGCUUUAUCUGUUAGCUGUCGAGUUAAAGUAAAGUAGCACCAGACUGACCACAGAAACCAGAACUCAUAUCUGAAAUUUUGGGCAGCUCCCAAACCAUGCUGAUCGAUGCAAAAAAGUGAUGUCCCACACACAAUUCGACAGAUGCAAUUAAAUCACAUAAGGCAUUUAUUUAAGGAUUAGGUUACACUUUAUUUUAAGGUGUCCCUGUUACUGAGCAAUAUUAAUUAACAACAUGUAUAUACUCUAGGUUAGGUUUAGGAUUACUUGCUUCUAAGUAUGCAUAAUGUACUUGAUUUUACUACAUUUACAUUUACAUUUAGUUAUUUAGCAGACGCUUUUGCCCAGCGACUUACAAAU